UUUAAAAGCGUCAUCUGAAUCCGUGCCGUCGCAAGCGCUGAGGACAUAUCUCCCGCCACGGGCUAGACUAAAGAGCACGGUUCAAACACCCCUGGGAACUCUCUUGAAGGACAAGGGAGAUCAUAUCUCAGGGGAUGUCCAAUCUGUUCUCUCGCAAGUCAUAUCAUCUAAAAGACAGAGUUGGAAAUGCAAGAGCUGUUCGAAGAACUUUCCCCAAUUCAGGGAACUGAAGUGUGUAAAAUUUCUGUUGGCGAUGAGGUUGAUUGCUAACUAUGCCUCCUAGGAAUCAUGAAAAAUGCCAUGAAAAACCAUAUGGAUGCACGUUUCCCGAUUGCCCAGAAGCCUAUAAAUCCAGAAGGAAAUGGAAAGCACAUGAAAAUAAUGAACACUGGAUACCAAAGUCUUGGCGUUGCCGAUUGCCGACAGAUCAGCUCGAUUUAUCGGCGACACUUGGAGAGUAUAACCGCGAGGAGUGUGCAAAGAUCAUGCACACGCGGGAAGGGUUCUGGAAGCAUCUUCAAUCAACACAUGGAAUUUCCAGCCGGAAGAUAUUAGUGGACGAAGCCACGGCCUGCUUCAUUGGUGACAAGGGCUCGGACGGUUUUUGGUGUGGAUUUUGUCGAGAAAUUAAACCACGAUCCACGGAAGAUUUUGCGGCGUGGGACGAGAGGCUGGAUCAUGUCCAGGCGCAUAUCGACUGCGAACACCGACUAAUGGACGAAUGGGUCCCUGUUGACAAGGCGAGGACAAAAGGUGAAAUUUUUGCUGUAACGCUUGACGUCGAUUCCGAUGAGGAUUCCGAUGAAGACUGCUCUCAGAGUAUCAUUGAUCUGCACCUCGACGACCCUUGGCCUUUGCGCAGUUCAUAUACUGACGCGAACGCUCCUUGUGUCAAUCAUCAGUUGCAUGAAGCAGAGCGAGACCCAGAUUUGGAAAAUCAGGCCCCAAAGAAGCGAAAGAGGAAUUUCUAAUUGCGUUAUAUUUAUACAUAUCAAGUUUUUCCCGGCGUUCAUCCGCAUAGUCAUGGCAGUUUCGGUAUCUGGUAAUUCUCUCGGCGGCAUGGCAUCUUGGUUGCAUUUCCCCUAUGCUUGACGUUUAUUAGUUUCUUGCAGAGGAGAUUAUCUCGA